AUGGUGAACCAUGGGAAGGAGAAGGCUCAAUUUCUGUUCUCGAUCUGCUCUCCGACGGCGGCGGCCUUCCUCGAGCUUGGCGAGCUGGAGCUGUCCCUUCCCUUCGUCGAUCUGCUCUCCGCGAUGCCGCCUGCCUCCCCGGACCAUCCCCUCUCGCUCAGCCGCGACUCCCUCCCUGGAGCAGACGCUCCCGCCCAACCCAAAGCCGCCGGCCGGAGCUACGCCGCUGCACGCUCCCUCCAUCCUCUUCUUGGGGGACCGGAUUGUGGCCGAGGAGGAGCUUGCCCUUGUCGCCCAGCAGCUCCUGCUCCAACAGGCUCGUCCACAAGUCCGGCAGCACCAGCCGCUCUUCCCUCUUCCGGUCUAGCCCAUCGACGACGACGGCUCCUCCUCAUGCUCAUCGGACUCGUGCACAAGUGCUCUGCAAGUCUGCAUUGGGAAGCAGAUACAGUUUUUCUUGGUGGGCGUGGUUUUGGAACAGCCAUGUCUUCUCUAAUUUUGACAGUGCUUGAGUUUAGAGUAUGGUUAUACUUUUGCUUAGGCAGGGUAAUUGCUUUUCUUACUGGUGCUCCUGAUUAUGAAGAUGGUCAACUAGACACUAAGAGAUAUGGUGAGCAAUAUGCUAGCAAAGGGGAAGAUGUUGACCUCAUGUUGCUCCCUGAGCAGAUACCUUCCUAUUGAGAUCCGGUAAGCUUGUGCUUCUUUUGCAG